AUGUCGGGUCUCGAGAUUGUUGGCACUGUCCUUGCAGUGAUCCCACUGCUUCUCCCAGCGCUCGAUCUGUACAAAAACGGCCUCAGCCGCGUUUCGGUCUUCCUCCGGCGGAGGAAACAUGUGGAGAAGCUCAUCCAUGCUUUGCAUCUCCAGAAAACGUUGUUAACCGAGAACGUGCGAACAUUGGCCAUUAGGGCUGGGGUCGAUGUCGACGACAUACCAGAAGAUCCACGACAGUUGUUCGAGCUACUCCACGGCGAUGACGACCUUAAGGGAAGAGUGGAGGCGUAUCUGGGCACCGAGGCUAAUGAGCUGUAUAUGUCUGCCGUGGUAGCUUGUGAAGAGGUUGUGCGCAAUAUCGUUGCCCACAUCGAGGGUUUCUUGCCUGCAGGGCCACUGACGCAGCCAGGGAGUCUGAUUGUGUUCAUCCAAGCCAACAGACAUUCAGUAGGCAACGGGCUGGACCUGAGGGCACGGUUCAAUCUGACUCUGGGCAAAUCGGAUGUUGAUAAGAGCAUCCAAGAGCUCGAUAGGUCCAUUCUCAUCCUCGAUCGGCUGUCUGCCGCAGUGGCGGCAAAUCGAGACGCCACAGAAAGCUCCAUUUCGCGCACAGCUACGAAGUUUGCAGCGGCGGUUGCCAAAACCAGGGACAAUGCUGAGAGGCUGUACUCGGCCAUUGCCAAUGGAUGGACCUGCAAAUUCCACAAAUCCCAUGAAGUCAAGCUGAGGCUUGACCGAAGCCCACCGGCUCUUACCCGUGCCGCCUUGAAAACAAAUCACUCGCCGACUAAGGAGCUGGUAUUCGAGGUUGUUUUCCGGUGCGACCAGCCUCAGAACGACAUAAUUUGGCACGAGAGUAGAGUGGAAAUGCUUGAAGACCCCCAUGUCAAUGGAGCAGGAGUCACCGCGGCACAGUCGGCAACAACAGUGAACUCGCGUCCAAAGGUGAUAAUUUCAGUUCCACCAAAGGCCAAGGUACUUCCGGCUACGUCGCAAAAGGUCGUAUGCUUAUGUACCUCGCUGCACGGCGCAGUUACCGCCAAUAAGGCGUUGCAUUUGUACAUUGCUUCACAGACGAAUAUGCAUUGCGACCAACGCGAAUGCCCAGCACCCUCUUCCGCUGGAAAGUUCGACGUGCGUUCCCUGCGAGAGUUUCUCUCGAUUCAAGGUGGUCAUUAUAGAAGGAUUGCAUUGCGGGAUCGAAUGCUUCUGGCGCUGACGCUGGCCAUUUCUCUGCUGCAGCUACACGAAACCCCGUGGCUGUACGAGAGCUGGUCGAAAGAAACGAUUCAGUUUAUGAAGGCACCAGGUGCAAAGGGCAAAAGCGUGGCAACAUUGGACAUCGACUUCACCAGGCCGCUAAUCUCCCGCGAGUUCUUUUCCCCGUCCCACGGUUCACCAAAACAUCUGCAACCUAAGGAGGCACUCCUGGAGCUUGGGAUCAUGCUUCUUGAACUCUGGUACGAGAAGACAAUCGAGGAUCAAUUCCCUGGGGACCCCCUACCAGCUGACUAUUGGGGCAAACUUCGAUUGGCAUCCAUAUGGCUUGAAGACACGACAAACCCUUUGCUCCCCCAAUACCGGCUUGCAGUGGCACAGUGCGUCAAAUGCUUCUUCGGUGGUGGAUUCAGCAGUCCUAGCUGGGAUGACUUUGAAUUUCGCAAGGCGCUGGUCAGGGACAUGGUUGAGCCAUUGCACGAAAACUGCAAGCCAUGGUUAUGA